AUGCAAGCCUUCCGCCGUAACACCCUCUCUGCCAUUCGGAAUGCUGCUCCCGUGCAGUGUCGAGGAUAUGCUCAGGGAGCCUCGCCGUAUGCCGACACUGUGAACAACCUUCGUAUCAAUGGGGAUACCAAGGUUAUCUUCCAGGGUUUCACGGGAAAGCAAGGAACUUUCCAUGCGGAGCAAGCCAUUGCCUAUGGUACUAAAGUCGUUGGUGGUACCAACCCCAAGAAGGCCGGUUCGAUGCAUCUCGAUAGACCCGUCUUCGCGAAUGUGCGCGAUGCUGUGAAGGAGACUGGUGCCACAGCCUCCGCAAUCUUCGUCCCCCCCCCUCUUGCUGCUAAGGGUAUCGAGGAAGCCGUUGAGGCUGAGGUUCCUCUGGCUGUCUGUAUCACUGAGGGAAUCCCCCAGCACGACAUGGUUCGCAUUACGGACAUUUUGAAGACCCAGAACAAGACCCGCCUGGUUGGACCCAACUGCCCCGGCAUCAUCGCUCCCGGCCAAUGCAAGAUCGGUAUCAUGCCUGGAUUCAUCCACAAGCGUGGCCGUGUCGGCAUCGUCUCUCGUUCCGGCACCCUGACCUACGAGGCUGUGAACCAGACCACCCAGGCUGGUCUUGGCCAGUCCCUCGUUGUUGGGAUUGGCGGUGACCCUUUCUCCGGCACCAAUUUCAUCGACUGCCUGCGUAUCUUCCUCGAGGACGAGGAGACCGAUGGAAUCAUUAUGAUUGGUGAAAUCGGUGGUAGUGCCGAGGAGGACGCGGCCGAGUUCUUCAAGGCCAACAAUCGCCACAACAAGCCCGCUGUUAGCUUCAUUGCGGGUAUCAGUGCUCCCCCAGGCCGUCGUAUGGGCCACGCCGGUGCUAUUGUGAGCGGCGGCAAGGGUGGUGCUGACUCGAAGAUUGCUGCCCUUCAGGAUGCCGGCGUUGUCGUUGAGCCCAGCCCUGCAGGUCUGGGCAAGGCUCUCCUUGCUGAGUUCGUGAAGCGGGACCUGGUCUAG